AUGGCUUAUGCUGCUUUCAAUAAUGAUGACAUCUACCAAUCUCGCCUGCCUUAUCUACGGGACCCGACUCCCUCGUAUGCCCCUACACCUGGCCGUGAAUUGACGCCAUCUGUAAUCUGCUCAUCCCCUGACCGCGAACCAUUUAUAUUCGGUGAACGUUCAUCACCGUUGCACAACCCGCAGUCCAGUUCACUGGAUUUUAUGCAAGAAGGUGAGGUGGAUGACGGAGUGCAUUACCAGAUCGAGUGGAGGGUAAAAUUGAAUAACCGGGUGGUGGCAAAGGACACGGAACAAGACUUGGCUCUGCCGCCUAGGUCUUACUGGGAGCGGAUAAAAGACACGGCUGAAAAGAUUCUGCGGAGAAAGAUAGCCCAUAACCGACGGGUGAGACUAGACGAUACCAACCUAGUGGUGUCUGUAAAUGAGCGUUCCCAGUCUGAUCUUAUCAAGCGCUUUGAAGGCGCUAGUGUUGAUUGGACCACGGUAGAGAACCAGCUGCUGAAGUGGGCCAAUCUCUACCGUCUGGGGAAGAAACUCCGAAUUCAGAUAACCAUUAACUAUCUAGAUGAUCAUGGCCGAAUUCCAUCCAGAAGCGAAAAAAGAGGAAAAUCAUCUGUCACUAAGGGAAUGAUUACGGAACGUGACGCCGAGAUGGAUGCCGAGCAGGCUUCCGGGGGUCAUGAAGUCUGGCGAGAUGUGUAUAGGAUCAUGCGUUGUCCUGGACCUCCCUGCCGCCACGAAGGACAAUACUGCUGGCAGGAUCCAUACGGGAAAAAACAUUACAGACUUCGCACAAACCACUUGAAGAUGCUCACCAGAUACGUGCAGCAGGGAGGGGUUAUCGAGACACAUGAUGACAUUCCCGAUAGCCUUCGUGAACAGCUUUAUGCCGAGGAGAGUCAGCGGCUUGAACGACGGAAGAAAAGCUCGGACAGCUCUACAUGUGGAUCAUGUCACCCAGUCCACUUUCAUCUUCCAUCUCAAAUGCCCAUUCCUACAACAACUACUGCUGCAGCUGAAAGUACGAUUCCAGCUCCUAAGCAAACUGAUCCAAUUGAUAUUCCUGGUCUUCUCGAUAUAGCCGUCAAAGAAUAUGCCACCUGGCACCAGUCACGGGUGAGCAGUGAGACCUUCAGGGAAAAUAUCCAGAAAGCUCGUGAUGUGGCCCUUGAAAAUUGUCUGGAUCUCAAAGAAAUCCAUGACGAUCAAGAUGCGGAUUUCUUUGUAAAAAACGGCGUGAAAGCAGGAGCCGCCCGGCGAUUUGUUGGCGAUAUUGCCCGUUGGGUGACGCGAAACAGGGAUACGAAUGAGUUUGAAGAGUACUUAUGA